AUGGGCUUUCCUGGAUUUGUUGAGGUUAACGAGAAUUAUACUAGAAGUACUUGUGUUUCUUUAACUACUUUUUGUAAUUGGGAAUUUAAUUUAAUUGUUUCACUAACAUUUUUAACAUUAACACAAGAAGCGACAAAAUAUGGAGCAUUCUUUAUUUAUGCUGGAUUAACGGCUAUUGCUUUUCUACUUUUUUAUAAAGUUGUUCCAGAAACUAAAGGUCUCAACUUGGAUGAGGUCCAAUUAUUAUUUAUGUCUAAAAAAGAACGUCAAAGAGCUGUUUCCGCACUUCAGCAAAUACCUAUGUCUAAAAUAGAAAAUAAUAAUGGAUUUAAUUAUAAAUAA